GUCGAGAGACCAUUGCCCCUUCCCACCCUUUCCCACGCGAUCGCGACGGCCACCAGCAGCGCUGAGCCGGACGUUUAUUUUAGUGGGCUUUGUCUAUAGGAGGGUACCUGCCCGGUUACCCCCCAGCUAACCCCCAAAGCCUGCCCAAGCCCCCCCUUUAAGCCCCCUAUCAAAGAAAAUUAUUGGAUUGGGCGAAGGAACCCCCCGAAAAUCAAUAGCGGGUAAAAAAUAACAAACUACCAAGUACCUAGGAACUGCCACAAAGUGCCACCACAACUGUAAAAAGAGGACGGGAACGGCGAAGGGAGCCCACAAUGGCUUCUACGGCAACAACUUUUCUUCCACCGAGACGCACUUUGUCGAGGUCUCCUAGAAAAUCCGGGAUCGCUACAGCUUCUACUCCCAACCUCAAUAGUGUCUAUACUUCUCAUUCAAGACUUAUUCCGAGCACGAGCGCUCUUGCGCGCAAAGCUUCAUUUGCUGCCUUAACCCCUGGCACGCUUGCUUCCAUUCCUGAUGACAGCGAAAGUUACGCCAUAUCCAGUGUCCUUUCUGACUCAUCGCGCAACAUGCCUCCAGCAACCCCAGCGAAAGGCGCCGGCGCGGCCGACGAUGUCGCCUUGGGCGAUACCGUCGAGGUUCCCGGUAAUAUGAGCGGAAUCGUUCGCUUUGUCGGUUCCGUUGCCGGAAGGAAAGGCACAUUCGCUGGCGUGGAAUUACAUCCUGAUUAUGCGUCGCGCGGCAAGAAUAGUGGUGAUGUUGACGGUGUAUCUUACUUCACAACUUCCGCGCCCGGUUCUGGUAUAUUCGUCCCCAUCAAUAAACUGAACAGGCCACGCGACGCGCCGCCUACACCCUCUACUUCCUACUCCAUCACACCCCAGGGAUUAAAGGUCGCAAAUCAAAAUGCGGUUAACUAUACGCCCCCGACCCCGUCACUGCCAUCAUUCAGCAAGUCUCUUGGGCCAUCUAGAGCCCCAAGUCCGGCAAACAAACGAACUAGAACGUCCCUACCACGGCCAGACUCACCCGUUCGUAAGUUACAGUUAACGCCAGCUCCCCGACAAUCAAUAGCGACGCCAGGUCCGAAGACCGGAAUUCCCCCUCGUUAUGGAACCCCCUCAGUUUCUCGAUUCGCGUCAAGCGUGCGAGGUACAUCUGGGGACCCUAACAAAACAUCGAGAUUGGAGAGGAAACCAAGCAUAGUACCUAGGAGCGCAUCGGCUUUGGGCCAGACUUCCAACUUUGACGAGGAUGAAGCUAGGCCUCUUGUUUCUCGUACCAAGACCAACGGAAAUGGGAGUAUUGGAUCAGCCUCGUCUUUCUCAUUCAAGCGCCCUGCAUCUCGAGCGACUCACGUAAAUGACGAAGAGGUCGAGCGACUCAAAGCCCAACUGGAAGACCGAGAUCGCCAACUAAAGGACCAAGCAUCUACUCUAGCCGAAAUGGAAAGCAGUCUCUCGGAGCUUACCAUGUUAAUAGACCAGUCGGAUGCUGGGAGAAUGCGAGCGGGUAGUUUGGACGAUAAGGAUUCCCCACAACUUCGCGCGAUGCUUAGGGAGAAGAACGAGAAGAUUGCGAUGCUCACUUCGGAAUUCGACGCCCAUCGAGCCGACUUCCGCAGUACUAUCGAUACGCUAGAGAUGGCUAGCACAGAAACCCAGAGGGUCUACGACGCCAAGAUUCGUGAACUGGAACAGGACCUCCGUGAAGCGCAGGAGCGGCACGAGGAUGUCGACAGCGUGGCUCGUCAGCUUAAGCAGCUUGAAGAAUUAGUUCAGGAACUCGAGGAAGGCUUGGAAGAUUCUCGACGAGGCGAGGCGGAAGCACGUGGUGAAGUGGAGUUCCUGAGAGGAGAGGUUGAGAGAACCAGGUCAGAAUUACGGAGAGAACGCGAGAAAGCUGCCGCAGCCCUGAAUGGGGAUGGCCACGGAGAAGAUAAGUUAUCCAUGUCGAAAGAACUGGAGCAGAAAGAAGACGAGAUUAGAGGUCUCAAGGCUAUCAUUCACUCCCUCAGCCGGGACGCCGUUCCCGGCUCGGAAAAUUCCCCGGACAGGACGCCUACGCGGACCGGUUCAUUCGUCAAGUCCCGUCCGGACUCGAUCGACAACCGCUUGGCGAAGGAGAAGAUGGAGCGGGAGAUCUUCGAAUUACGCGGUCUGGUUGACAACAAAAGCCUACGAGAAGAGGAACUUGAGCGCGAAAUUGAGGCUCUCCGGCGCAACAGCGCAUCGACCAACCGUGUUAGCUCCGCAACUAUUGGCAGCGCCCAGCGAUCGUCAUACCGCGACUCCAAGGGAACCGUGAUUCUGGCGCGUGAACCACACUCGCCUGAGGUUACCCAUAAGCGCAAGCCCACUCUAGACACCAUGCCCGAGAGCGAUGCAUAUUCAUCUGUCACUGAGACUAGCACGCUCUGGUGCGAAAUUUGCGAGACUAGCGGGCACGACAUUCUUACGUGCACUAACAUGUUCGGACCUCAGAACGAAGCGGGCAAAGUUACCAACGGCGAGCAUAAGACAGGCAAGGACGUCGUUAGAGAAAGCUUUAGGAAUCUCUCGAUUCCCAAUGAGGAUGCCCCUCGUCCUCUAUCUCCGAUGAAGCCUCAGGUCGCUCCGGCGCCCCCUACGGUAAAGAUUCUGCCUAACCCGCAAGAUUCGGCGCCGUUGGCUGGCAAAGACAGCGGGGUGGUAGACAUAGAAAAAUGGUGCGCUUUAUGUGAGCGUGACGGACACGACAGCAUCGAUUGCCCCCUGGAAGAUGCAUUUUAAAUGGAUGUUACGUCCUCCUAUACGACUCAACGACCAAAAUACGUGAGGGAGCAUUUGCAAAAAGAUACCCGGAUACUCAAGUAUCCAACGGAA